GCCAUACAUUCAAGCUACCAGACUGCAUCAUGCCGAUCAUUUUUUGGAAAACAAUUGUUGUUUAUUUCACCUCCAUACUUGCCUUUUGUUGCUGUUUCCGGAGCAAUGUGAACCGCGAGGACAACCCAAACAUACCCGCAAUCGCCAAAUAUUUCAGCACGAAAGGGAGGUACGAGGAAGUGAACCCGUAUCUCAUAGAGGACAUACUUGCUGUCAACAGAUCUAUUUUGCAGCCUCCAUCCGCACAGUGUCGCGAAAUCCACGUGACGGCCAUAAUACGACACGGCACAAGGUACCCAACGAGCAAAAAUGUGAAGAAGAUGCAGAAGCUUUACCAGCUGGUGAAGAGCGGCGCCUCAGGUAAACAGAGCUGGCUGCGUGAGAUCCAGACCCAGUGGAGGAUGUGGUACACUGAGGACAUGGAUGGCCGACUUGUCAAGAAAGGUGUGAGCGAUCAUAAGCAUCUGGCCGUCAGGCUGUCAAAGCUGUUCCCCUCGCUGAUUUCAGAGGAGAAGCUCCGAGGUGGUUUCUUUAAAUUCAUAACCAGCUCAAAGCACAGGUGUGUCAACAGCACACUGUCAUUCAAGGCAGGACUGACAGAGCUGUGGGCUAUUACAGAUAUGGAGUUUGACCACGCAGUAAAUGAUGCUCUGAUGAGGUUUUUUGACCAGUGCACCAGGUUUGUGCAGGAAGUCGAUAACAACCCCUCAGCUCUGUCUGAGAUGGACAAGUUCAAGCAGGGACCAGAGAUGAGGAGGGUCCAAGAGAAGAUCGCAGACCGUCUUGGAGUGCCUUACAAUAACAUCACAGAUGAUAUGGCAGAAGCCGCGUUUUACUUGUGUGCAUAUGAGUUUGCCAUCAAGACUGUGAACUCCCCCUGGUGUCAACUCUUCGAUGAGGUUGAUGCACAGGUCAUGGAAUACGCAAAUGACCUGAAGCAAUUCUGGAAACGAGCCUAUGGUUACGAUAUUAACAGUAAGUCGAGCUGCAUUCUCUUCCAUGAUGUGUUUAGUCGACUGGACAAAGCAGCUAAGGAGAACAAAUCAGGCCAGCAGGUGACUGAAGCCGUGACAGUCCAGGUCGGCCAUGCAGAGACCCUCCUGCCGCUGCUUACCCUCCUGGGCUUCUCCAAGGACAACGAUACACUGACUUCCACCAACUACGCCACACAGGCCAAACGCUCCUUCCGCACCAGCCACAUGUUACCCUAUGCAGCCAACUUACUCCUGGUGCUAUACGACUGCGGGGGAGGCGACCUGAGGCUGCAGCCGCUGCUCAACGAGAAGCCUGUGACUUUCCCCGGUUUGACUGACCAGUGGGCUUCCAUACCGCUCUAUCAAGACGUCAGAGGGCACUACAGUGAUCUACUCAAAGGCUGUGACUUUGAGACUGAGUGUCAGCUGUUCAAGCAUCCUGCUGAAGUUUAGACAGACAGGGCAGAUUCUGGAAAAGAAGGCAGGCAUUAUAGGGCCUUUAAUGUUUUAUUUGCAAAAUAGAGUGAGAACUGUGGUGUGGGAGCAUCUUAGUCUGAACGCUUCUCCUAAACCAUCACUGUUUGACAUUCUCCUUAAUCUAAACAAAGCAACAAAUAAGCAUUUUCUCCUUUUGUCUUAAGCCUGAGAAAAGGCAGGUUUAAUGUCUCUGAAACACCCCAUGAUCCUAGAAUUUAAUUUCAACUUUACCUCUACCAUUACAGUAUUACUACUGCUAUAUUGCUUAUUUGUGCAAGGUUUCUUUUCAUUAUUGCACAACUUAGAGCCGGAAUUAAAGACUUUAUAUUUGCAGUAUACACAUAUAUGUUCCCCAUAGGAAUUCUUUCACAUCCAUAUUCAUCACUUUGCUGUUUUCUGAUUCUCACCAAACACUGAAACAUUUCCCGAAGUGAAGUGUGUUGCCAUUUGUGACUGAUGUUGCUUCAACCAAAAUUAGUUAUCCUUUGUUUUAGAGUGUGGUCAGUAUAGAUGAUGAGAAAUUUGGCUGUGUGUUUAUUAAAUCACACAUGCAUUACAAAUCAUUUUAACUUUCUGGUAAAAAAUAUAUUUAGCAGAGCUGCUUCUGGCCAUUUUGGUGCCCUGGGCCAGACAUCCACUGGCUACUCUAAAAUUAACAAUAUUUUACUUUAAUUCAGCUUUAUUCAAUUUCACUCACUUCUGGUCUAUUGUCAUGUCAUCAACCGUAGACCCUUAAUGUCUUUAACCACCCUUCACAUCCUAGACUGUCUCCGUCAUUUCUGGUCUGAGUGUCAGAUACAAACAUUCACAGUAUCUGAUUUUGCUUACAGUAUGGAAAUCCUGACCAUUUUCAUUUCUGUAUUUAUUAAAAUGACAGGUCUGAAUUGAAAUUAGUAAGGCAAUUUUAAGAAAACACCCUGCCUCGUAGCUUUACUUAAAUCAAUUCUUGUAAUUAUGUAUAGUUUUUAGUCUUUUGGGUACCACUUUCUAAUAAGGCACCUUUACACAGGGUUUGUAAGUUGUACUAAUGGUUAACUGACCAUUUACAAAUUAUUUACAUAUCUGUUUAAAAAGAAAAUCUUUUGGUUUUACAGAUUGUCCAAAAUCAAUGUACUUAUUAACAUUUCCAACUGCAAAACAGAUAGAUUAAAACCCUUCAGUGAUGAAUUAUAUUAUGCAGACUUGCUCAUCGUGUAAAAUGAUUACCAAAUAGAAGCGCUUGCCAAAGGGCUGCCAAUCCCAAAAAUUGUUCUAAUGAAUGGCUUAUUACAUAUCUGCUAUGUAAAGCAAAAUUAUUUAUGUCACUAACCAUCUGUACUAAACUAAUAAAGAGUGACUUAUGGGAAA